ACCGCCACUGGUGCUGCUUCUGCUGCUGCUGCUUCUGCCAGUGGCUGGCAGCUCUGAGGCCGAGCAUCGUCUGUUUGAGCGACUAUUUGAAGAUUACAACGAGAUCAUCCGGCCGGUUGCCAACGUGUCUGAUCCAGUCAUCAUCCAAUUUGAGGUGUCCAUGUCUCAACUGGUGAAGGUGGAUGAAGUUAACCAGAUCAUGGAGACCAACCUGUGGCUGAAACAAAUCUGGAAUGACUACAAGCUGAAGUGGAACCCUGCUGACUACGACGGGGCAGAAUUCAUGCGUGUCCCUGCAAAGAAGAUCUGGAAGCCAGACAUAGUUCUAUACAACAACGCUGUUGGAGAUUUCCAGAUGGACGACAAGACCAAGGCCUUACUCAAGUACACGGGUGAAGUGACCUGGAUCCCUCCGGCCAUCUUCAAGAGCUCCUGCAAGAUCGACGUGACCUACUUUCCAUUUGAUUACCAAAACUGCACCAUGAAAUUCGGUUCCUGGUCCUACGACAAAGCGAAAAUCGACCUGGUCCUGAUCGGCUCGUCCAUGAACCUCAAGGACUACUGGGAGAGUGGAGAGUGGGCCAUCAUCAAGGCCCCAGGCUACAAGCACGAGAUCAAGUACAACUGCUGUGAGGAGAUCUACCCUGACAUCACAUACUCGCUGUACAUCCGGCGCCUGCCCCUGUUCUACACCAUCAACCUCAUCAUCCCCUGCCUGCUCAUCUCCUUCCUGACCGUCCUCGUCUUCUACCUGCCCUCCGACUGCGGCGAGAAGGUGACGCUCUGCAUCUCAGUCCUGCUCUCCUUGACCGUGUUCCUCCUGGUCAUCACCGAGACAAUCCCGUCCACCUCCCUGGUCAUUCCCCUGAUCGGCGAGUACCUCUUGUUCACCAUGAUCUUUGUAACCUUGUCUAUCGUCAUCACUGUCUUUGUACUCAACGUGCACUACCGAACCCCCACCACGCACACGAUGCCUGCCUGGGUGAAGACUGUGUUCUUGAACGUGCUUCCCAGGAUAAUGUUCAUGACCAGGCCUGCAGGCAACGAGGGAGACGCUCAGAAACCCAGGCCCUUCUACAGCGCCGAGCUCUCGAAUAUUAACUGCUUCAGCCGCGCAGAGUCCAAAGUCUGCAAGGAGGGCUUCCCCUGCCAGGAUGGGGUGUGUGGUUUCUGCCACCAUCGCAGGAUAAAAAUCUCAAAUUUCAGCGCCAACCUCACAAGAAGCUCCAGUUCUGAGUCUGUCGAUGCAAUGCUGUCCCUCUCUGCUUUGUCGCCAGAAAUCAAAGAAGCCAUCGAAAGUGUCAAAUAUAUUGCUGAAAAUAUGAAAUCACAAAAUGAAGCCAAAGAGAUUCAAGACGACUGGAAGUACGUGGCCAUGGUGAUUGAUCGUAUUUUUCUGUGGGUUUUCAUCCUGGUGUGCAUCUUGGGGACUGCAGGGUUAUUUCUUCAGCCCUUGAUGGCCAGGGAUGAUGUGUGAGCUCGACACCUGCACUCACCUGUGAGCCUGCAUG